CCUCCUUACUCCCAGAUCUGUUACCAUGGUAACCUGGUUUUUUCUUUAAAAAAUGUACAGUGCCAAGAGGAGGAAGAUGGCUGACAAAAUCCUCCCUCAAAGGAUCCGGGAGCUGGUCCCUGAAUCCCAGGCUUACAUGGACCUCCUGGCGUUUGAGAGGAAACUGGAUCAAACCAUCAUGCGGAAGCGGGUGGACAUCCAGGAGGCUCUGAAGAGGCCGAUGAAGCAAAAGCGGAAGCUGCGUCUCUAUAUCUCCAAUACGUUUAACCCUGCGAAGCCCGAUGCUGAGGAUUCUGACGGCAGCAUCGCCUCCUGGGAGCUGCGGGUGGAGGGGAAACUCCUGGAUGACCCCAGCAAGCAGAAGCGAAAGUUCUCUUCCUUCUUCAAGAGUUUGGUCAUUGAACUAGACAAAGACCUUUAUGGCCCUGACAACCACCUAGUUGAGUGGCACCGGACGCCCACCACCCAGGAGACGGAUGGGUUCCAGGUGAAGAGGCCGGGGGACCUGAGUGUGCGCUGCACGCUGCUCCUCAUGCUGGACUACCAGCCUCCCCAGUUCAAACUGGAUCCCCGCCUGGCCCGGCUGCUGGGCUUGCACACGCAGAGCCGCUCAGCCAUCGUCCAGGCCCUGUGGCAGUAUGUGAAGACCAACAGGCUGCAGGACUCCCAUGACAAGGAAUACAUCAAUGGGGACAAGUAUUUCCAGCAGAUUUUUGAUUGUCCCCGGCUGAAGUUUUCUGAGAUUCCCCAACGCCUCACAGCCCUGCUGUUGCCCCCUGACCCAAUUGUCAUCAAUCACGUCAUCAGCGUGGACCCGUCGGACCAGAAGAAGACGGCGUGCUAUGACAUUGAUGUGGAGGUGGAGGAGCCACUGAAGGGGCAGAUGAGCAGUUUCCUCCUGUCCACGGCCAACCAGCAGGAGAUCAGCGCUCUGGACAGUAAGAUCCAUGAGACGAUUGAGUCCAUAAACCAGCUCAAGAUCCAGAGGGACUUCAUGCUAAGCUUCUCCAGAGACCCCAAAGGCUACAUCCAAGACCUGCUCUGCUCCCAGAGCCGGGACCUCAAGGUGAUGACAGAUGUGGCAGGCAACCCUGAGGAGGAGCGCCGGGCUGAGUUCUACCACCAGCCCUGGUCUCAGGAAGCGGUCAGCCGCUACUUCUACUGCAAGAUCCAGCAGCGCAGGCAGGAGCUGGAGCAGUCGCUGGUGGUGCGCAACACCUAGGAGCCCUGCAAAUGAGCACUGCGGGCCAGGGCCGCCUGACCCAGGCUCUGCCAGCACCCCUCUGCCCACCUGUGGGAGGUGGGGAACUGGAUUAAAGGUCAUUCAUCUGCUA